GGGUCUAAUAAUUUUGCAUAAGAAAUUAAUUCCAUGGAAAAAAAAUUAAGAAUUUUGUGUCUUCAUGGCUUUAGAGGAAGUGGUGAAAUACUCAAGAAAUUGAUUUUCCGGUGGCCGGAAUCCGUCAUCGGAAAAUUAGAUUUGGUGUUUUUGGAUGCACCUUUUCCGGCUCAGGGGAAAUCUCCACUUGAAGGUUUUUUUGAUCCUCCUUACUAUGAAUGGUUUCAAGCAAAUAAGGAUUUUACAGAAUUUUACAAUUUUGAAGAAUGCCUUGAGUAUAUAGAAGAUUUUAUGUUAAAGAAUGGACCUUUUGAUGGUGUUCUUGGUUUCUCACAGGGAGCUGUUUUAGGUGCAGCAAUUCCAGGGAUGCAAAGGGAUGGAGUGGCUUUAACAAAAGUUCCAAAAAUAAAGUUUGUGAUAAUAAUAUCAGGAGCUAAAUUUGGAGGGCCAACUUAUGGGAUACCAAAAUUGGUUGCAAAUGCAUUUUCAUCUACUAUCAAUUGUCCAUCCCUUCACUUCUUAGGGGAGGCAGAUUUUCAAAGAAAAGAUGGUGAAAUUCUGCUAGAGUGUUUUGUGGAUACUCAAGUGAUUCACCAUCCUAAAGGACAUACCAUACCUAGACUAGAUGAUAGCAACGUUGAAAUAAUGCUUGGAUUUAUUGAAAAAAUUUCAACAACUUUGAAAGAGGGCACGAGUUUAUCGACCGUAUAGUUGUCCUCAAAUGUUAUUUUUUUUUCCAGA